CAGUUUUCCUGCAAAUAUAUCUCAGACCAGAAUGAAUUUCAUCAAAUGUCUGGCAAAGCAACUAGUUGAACCCCAUCAAAACAGAUGUUUACUAAAUCUUCGGUUACCACGAGAAUUACGAAUGACCAUAUCCAGGAUUCUCCAAAAACCAGUUCCUGGCGUAAUUCGGGAACAACUUCAAAAACAAGUUAGAUGCGCCAAAUGCCCAAGAAGUCAAGACAGGAAGACUAAAUUUACAUGCGCUGAUUGUAGAGUUCCCAUUUGCGGCAGUUGUACCGUAGGGUUUUGCACGGAUUGUACUGUUUGAAAACACCACCGAAAAUGACUUUUAAAGUAAUUAAUUCUUUGUUUUUGGUAGAUCAGACACUUAUUUAAAUAUUUUUGAAGAAUGCCUAAGUUUGGUUUGUCCCAAUUACUUUUGACAGCUUUUUGAGUAGCAUUUUUUGUUAUAACGCAAUAUUAUGGAGUACAUUACUAUAUACAUUAAUAUACUAAUGCUAAUUGUGUAUUUUAUACCAACAUUGUUAGUUUUCAUGUUUUGUAAUAAAUAUACUUUCAUACGAAUCUAUUCUGAAUGGGUUGUCUCUUCAAAUUUUGUACCAAAAGCAGCAUUUGUUAUGGGGUCUAGCAAACCCCACCUCACCAGAUGAGUGACAAAAAUAUCACAUCACCAGUUACGGGUUAAAAGAGUUUAAUCCACGAUUGGAAUCCCUGUUUAGUUAUUUAAAACCGAAUAUGUUUGAAUUUUUCGUAGCUGCAACAAAAAAGAUUAGUGGUUAUAACGAAACAAACAAAAGUUUCCAAUCGCCAUCCCUUGCGUUACACAUGGGUACCUCUUUAAAGAUCCUUUGCGAUGUUGCCUUCAAAAUAGUUUUAGAAAACCGACAAGUUAAUCAUAUUACGUGGAGCAACCGGCAAGAGAAAAAAGCCGAGAUAAAAGAUCUUAAAAAAUUAAUAGAAUCCCAUUGGUGUAGUGAACUUUCAAGCUUAGCGUUAAAGUCUCUGAAAGAAAAACAGUGGCAAAAGCCAAUCAGACUACCUCUAACAAGCGACAUACAAUUAUUCCAGCAAUUUUUAACCACACGGGCAAGUGAAGCGUUUACAAAAUUAAAAGAAAUGAAGGACCACGUAUCCAGUUACAGAACUUUAACACAGUGUGUUUUGGCACAAACUGUUAUCUUCAAUCGUAAGUGCAUCGGGGAUGUGCAAUAUUUAAAGAUUGAUACAUACAACAGCAACUGUAACACUACAAACAAUGAAAGUUUUGUAGAAUCAUUAUCAGACGUUGAAAAAGUGAUUUACAAAAAAUUUAAAAGAGUGGUUACAGGCGGUAAAGGAUCUAAACCUGUGCCCGUCCUAUUUUCAAAACAAAUGCAAAAAUAUAUAGAGUUGUUGCUAACGAUAAGAAAAGAAACUAGUAUUGUUCCACAUACUAAUCCGUAUUUAUUCGCCAAUCCACAAUCAAAGGAUAGGUGGAUGUCGGGGGUUAAUGUUUUACGAAAUUUGGCAAAAGACUGUGGAGCGAAACAUCCAGAAUUAUUAACCUCUACGAAAUUUCGGAAGCAUAUUGCGACAACUCUUCAAUUGUUAAAUAUGGAUAGCGAUGAAGUAGAGCAAAUUGCAAAAUUUAUGGGCCACACCCAAAAAACUCACGCAGAGUUCUACAGGUUACCUCAGGAUAUAUAUCAAACGGCAAAGGUUGCAAAAAUUUUGCUACUUCUGGAAAAAGGCAGAGGAAAGGAGUUCAAGGGGAAGCGAUUGGAAGAUAUUAAUAUAAAUACCGAUGUGUACUAUAGUUCAGAAGCAGAAGACGACGGAACUGAUGAUCUGCCAUUAUCACAACGAGUUAUCAACAAAAUUUCUGUCGGAAUUGAUAUGCCUUUAAAUACCGAAGAGAAUUUACCCUUAGAUAUAACGGAAAAGAGAACAGCUAUCGAACAAGCUUCUAAUUUUGAUGAACAAGUUGCUGAUACCGAACCAAUCCUCUCCCACGCAUCAUGGAGUGAAGAAAACCUACCUUUAGAUGUCCAAACUGAAAUGAACUUACAAACGGAAGAACCGUCACAAGCUGGGAUUGUAGAGGACAACCAGUUGUCAGAAAGGCCUUCGAAGAAAUCGAAAGGAGUAUCGGAUCGUAAACGUUGGUCAGAAAUAGAGAAAAAGCUAGUUUUAAAACAUUUCUCUAAUCACAUAAAACGUAAAAUAACUCCAAAAAAAGGAGAAUGUAAAUUUCUUAAACAAAAUGCUAAUGUUCUUAUCGAUAAGGAUUGGGUUAGAGUAAAAACGUUCGUUUACAAUUCAUUUAGAAAAAAUUAAACAUAACACUCAUAUACAUUUAUUAAAUUUUGUCUUGUUAUUGUUAAAUUCGUGGAAGUUAGCAGAGUGCUCGCGCUUUGCACAAGUGUUACUUUAGAUAAGGAAACUUUUAGUUGUUUAAGAACGAAUUUCAUAGGAAUUUUGGCGUGGUAAAACUCGUAAAAGUGCCAGUCUAAGUUG